AUGGGAUUGAAGCACACGGAUUUCUUUGAGAACAACUCGUACGAGCCUUCCAAUACCCAGAUUAUCGUCUGCAAUGAAUGUCUGUCCCAUUUGUGCUUGUCAACUUUUGUCCUUUCUGACAAGUUCUGGGGCCUGCUGGGUGAUGCAUACUUGGUAGAGAAGCUCAUUAAUGUGCUGCCUGAUUCUAUCGACCAGGAAACUGCCAUGAAAACGGGGGUGUAUUUGAUCAAUAAGAUCCGCUGCCUGCAAUGUUUCACCAGCUUGGGCUGGUUAUAUAAGAAGCUGUUCAAGCAUCUGGAGUCGUACAAGGAGGGUAAGUACGUCAUUGAGAAGAAGUACAUUUCCCAAGUGCCUAACCACACCAACACAGCUGCGCUUUUGCAACAGGCCCAACUACUGCGCCGCAGACGCUCGUCAGCUAGCACCGUAUCUACCAGUUCAUUGGAUGACGAUGCUUUUCUUGACAUCUUACGUCGAAAGCAUCUGGAUGAGAUGAUAUUCUCCAAUUAUCUUCGAGACUAUGAAGCCAUCACCAAGCGGUGCUCUGUUUCCAGUUUCCGUGAAGGAACUGCUCAGGCUUUGAGCAGGCAGCGACUCCGCAAAGAAGUGGAUGAAUUUGAUGAGCAUGAUGAGGAUAUCUUCGUCGAUGCUUAG